ACAACACAGGCGCUUGUAUUUAAGCUACAUUCACGUAUUAAAUUAGCUGGAAUACGAUUUUGUAGUCGUAGUACAGACAAAAUAUUUCAGUUGUAACUAAACAACAACAAUGUCUGCAGUUCAGUAUUUGAGAGAGUUUGUCAACGAGCGACUAAAUGCUGCUGCUGAAGAAAUAUUCGGAGUUUUUGAAAAAACUAUCGUCGAGUACGAAGAAAAGAUCGAUCGUCAGCGCAGACUGUUGAAUAUCGUACCCGAAAUAAAGUUACACAGGAUAGAGCUCCCGCAGCAGCAUGUCUUGAAGGAAGAGGAGGUUUUCACUAACCAGCAGCUCUGUAUUCAAGAGAGAAACUCCAGUCUGGACCACGAGGACCAAGAGGUCCAGACUGGACCAAACUCCAGUUUGGACCCAGAGCCUCCACAGAUUAAAGAGGAACAGGAGGAAUUAUGCACCAGUGAGCAGGGAGAGCGGCUUGUACUGAAGCAGGAGACUGAUGCCUUUAUGUUGACUCCUACUUAUGAGGAAAGUGACCACAGUGAAGAUCAGACUCUGAACUUGAGUAUUGAUGAAAGUCAGAGUGUAGUGGAGGAAAAGCCUUUAAGCUUCACUUCAGUUCAAAGCUAUGUAGUAUCAGAACGGGGGAUUUUAUACACAAACAGUGACCACCAGCUCCUCUCUCACAACUCACAAGUAGUCCAGAGCCAAGAUCAGAAAGGAGGCAAGCAUGGACACUCAGGAUCAACUCAUGCAGAGCCAGAACCAAAGAGACAUCACAAAAGCAACAAUCACACUAACAAUAUAUAUAACCCUACUAUUUCAAAGAUUGACUGUAAUACUCACACAGGUAAAACGUUUUUAAAAUGUGACACAUGUGGAAAGAUUUGUAAGUUCAAGUCACAAUUGCAAAGACACCUGAGAGUCCACACAUAUUCUUGCAAAACAUGUGGGAAAGAUUUCCGUUCCAGCAAUCACUUGAUAGGCCACAUGAGAAUCCACACAGGUGAGAAACCACACCUUUGCAAAACCUGUGGGAAAAGAUUCUGUCACAUAUCAUCAUUGAAGUAUCAUACGAGAACCCACACAGGUGAGAAGCCAUAUUCUUGCAAAACAUGUGGCAAAGGUUUCAAAUGUAAUAGUAUCUUGAUAGGCCACAUGAGAACCCACACAGGUGAGAAGCCGUACCUUUGCAAGACCUGCGGGAAAAGGCUCUGCGACGCUUCAGCAUUGAUAAGACAUAUGAGAAUUCACACAGGAGAGAAGCCGUAUACAUGUAUAACAUGUGGGAAAGAUUUCGGACGUAGCGAUGAUUUGAAUGUCCACAUGAGAAUCCACACAGGUGAGAAGCCGUAUAUUUGCAAAACAUGUGGGAAAGCUUUCAGACGUAACAGUGAUUUGUUAGGCCACAUGAGAAGAAUCCACACACGUGAGAAGCCGUACCUUUAGGCAUAUGAGUGCAUACAGACGAGAAGUCUUUUCUAUUAGUGAGGAGCCACAUUAUUGCAUCUCUUGCAGGAGAAGCUUUUCUCUAAUCACAUUCUGGAAAAAACUCCAUAGGAUCAAUAUCACAGGAGAAACCAUCGAGCUGAAAUUGGAGAAGUGUUCAUUAAGUUGUAAACAUCUUCUCGUUUUUAACUCUGUUCAUGAGCUUCUUGGUUUUUACAACAGUACCUGUACAUUUACAAAACUACAAUUAAAUGAACUUUUGUACCGUUUUCUAGACUAGACACAGGUAUAUUUGUUCCUAAGUAAAAGAUAAAAAAUCCAAUUGUACCUUUAAGUUGUUAACAUCUGUAUGACAAUAUUAAAUGUCUCUUAGUUUGCGUAGAACUAUUUUUACACAGCGUGUUCCAUGACGGGCACAAACAUCAUUGCACGUGGUCAGUAAGGGCAGCUGGUUCAGUCAGGAUCGAGGCACACUUGAUGUUGAAGGGUUUUAUAACCCACUUCCACUCCCGCCAUUGGGUUUGGAACAGCACUUGAUAUGACGGACCCUCCACGCAAAGUAGCAAGUAGAGGGUGUAUGUGCCGGGUUGGAAUUGAACCUAACUGAGUGAUUCCACUUUUACAGUUGCUACAUCUCUGUAACCAAAUGUAAAACAUGUUAAAUAAAGGUGAGAUGUCAAUAUCUUAGUGUAAAUGUUCCCUUCACAUGACUGUAUUACUUAUAUUUCUAUUUGGAAACCGUGUUUCUUUGAGU